UUCUGAAUAUUUCUCUAGUCAAUUAAAAAACUUCAGUUUCUUUCUUCUUUUUAAAAAAGUUUUUCCCAUCUCCUUUCCAUUGAAAUGGACUCCAAAGGAAGAACUGGUAAUAGUUACCAGUUCUUUUAAUGAUGGUGUUUACUUGGGUCUAAGAAUUCCUUAAAAUAAAACUGUCCUGAAGAACACCUAUCAUCCGAGGGAGGGGGAAAACGAGGCUAGAUUACAUUUGGAACAGCUGUGAUUUUAAAAUACACAAACGCUUGUAUUACGGAGUUAGCAUACGGAGAGGAAUUUCUCAUAUCCCCAUCCAGCAAGUGUUUCCAGAGUAUAAUGCUCCUUCCCCUCUAGAGACCCAUAGAACAGGCAUCAAGGGUUAAGGGGACGAAAAGUUAGUUACACUAAGACCGCUAGAGUCUCCAAUUUUUAUGCGUAAAUCUUUCGUCUAAACACACAUCAUUUAUCACACAUUAUUUUAAACUACUUAGAACAUGCCAACACUCAAGAUAGUUUUCCCACGUUCCACAGGGUGGAGGCCUGAAAUUUACAUCUCAGCUGGAAGGCAAAGCUGGUGCGGUACUCAUCCUAUUCCAACCAGAAAACCUUUCCCCAGCAGGUUUGCCGCGCUGCCCCGCGACUGGCAAACAAUGACCUUACAGACCGUGAAGAGGCCGUCGGCUCUGCCGUCGCCGGUGCCUCCGAAGACGGCGACCCGCAGCGGCCCCUCAAGGGAGUUCCCCCUGCCAGACCGACAGCCUGAGCGCUCCGGGACAGAGAAAACUCAGCAAAGGCCGCCGCUGCUACCACCUCAGCACCUCCCCCAACCCGCCCCUUCCUUCUCGCAGCCGCACGUCACGUCAGGACCCGGCAAGAGGAGCGAAGAUUUGCGUAGGGGACGAGCCUCUGAGGCCACGGCUCGCACGGCCAUGCAGGGCGCCGCAGAUGCAGCCGGACCUCACUUUUCCCUGUCAGGACGACCCUAGGCCGCCAGCAGUUCCCUACCGACGAAGGCGACUGUACAACGUCCGUCGCGUUCGUGCCCACUUACCCGCCGCCCCACUCCAGGCCGCCGGCUCGCAGCAGGACCAGCCCGGCUGCUACGGCCGCGGAUACACGCCCACAGGCCGGGCGCUGCGCAGCUUGCGGAAACGUUCACAGACAGACUCGCUGCCAGCGGAUUGGCUGCGAGCAGCGCCAAUCUUACGUUCACCCCAGGCGAGGCGGGACUAAGUGCUGCGCUCCCUGUACCCGCUCUGCCGCGCGCGCAUGCUGGGGGCGAGUGCGGGGUCGGGCCUGCGCUCCGGGUGAGACGCUGGCUGCUUGCCGCUGGUGGAUGGUAAUUGCCUGCCUCGCGCUAGCAGGAAGGUAGUGUGGUGUGACUAACGGGUAUUUAUUAUAUUCUCGAGGGCUUGAGGGCCUCCAUCCCCUCUACUCGUCCCGGUCCGGGCGCAAACGCUGUAGGGCAGCUAAGGGCGCUCCCCGCGGGCGGGAAGCGAAGCCGGGCUUGCAGGCGCGCACACGUGGAGCGCGUUCUCUGAGCAGAUCUGGGCUCCGGGGUGUUCUGGCUUGGUCUUUGUUGCGGCCAAUUCCCAGACCCUUCUGGGUGCAGGACUUAAAAUUUGUUUUCCAGGCAGCAAAUUUAACCCAUGGCAACUGUAACUCAUCUUGUGAGGGUGGCGGUUUAUAGUAUUGUAUCCUGUGGUAUCAUACAAGGGGUGCAAGUUAAACUCUUCAAAGUUAAUCACGAUUUUUGCUCGUGGCCUUCUGGGUUUAUCCGUACGCCGAAGACAGGCACCUGUAUUACAUCCUGAGGAAAUGUGGAUACCAAAAAUUGAUCCUGAGAAAAGUCUUGAUUAGAUUUUUUGGAAUUGCCUUUGAAAUGUAAUUUCCCUCACCUUGGCAGUGCGGAAAGUUUGUGAUUUUUAUUGCCUAAAUAGCUUUCAACAUUUUGAAAUUGACUUAAGAGAAUGUUCGCUAUGUGUGUCUAUGUAUCUUGCAUUUCUGUUGGCUUUGUGAACUUGUUUUGGAUUUAGUCUGAUCUUUAAAUAAAUGAUUUCUUUGUGUUCUCUC